CCUCCCAAAAAACAGAACAACAACAACAAAAAAUGAGCUCUCAUAUUUACAAAUCUGCUUCUAGAGUCGUCCGAUCACUCCUUUCAGCUUCGAAGACCUCUCGCUUUUUCUCCGAAGGGCGGGCAGUAGCUGCAGCAACUGCAGUUUCACUUAACAGUAAGGUGCCUCUUUUAGCUUCAGCUUAUGGAAAUGGUGGUUCAGCCAAUGCAUCAAGAGGAUGGCUUUCAGGAAUGUUUGCUCUUCCAGUGGCAGCUUACAUGGUUCAGGACCAAGAAGCUCAUGCUGCACAGAUGGAGCGCACUUUCAUUGCUAUCAAGCCUGAUGGAGUACAAAGAGGGCUUAUUGCAGAAAUCAUAUCUCGUUUUGAGCGCAAAGGUUUCAAGCUUGUGGCUAUCAAGAUCUUGGUUCCUUCAAAGGAAUUUGCCCAGAAACAUUACCAUGACUUGAAAGACAGACCCUUCUUCAAUGGCCUCUGUGCAUUCCUCAGCUCAGGCCCUGUGGUUGCUAUGGUCUGGGAAGGAGAGGGAGUCAUAAAGUAUGGCCGAAAACUCAUCGGAGCAACCGAUCCUCAGAAAUCGGAGCCUGGAACCAUCAGAGGUGACCUAGCAGUGGUUGUGGGAAGAAAUAUAAUUCAUGGGAGUGAUGGUCCUGAGACUGCCAAGGAUGAAAUCAACUUAUGGUUCAAGCCACAAGAACUGGUUAGCUAUAAAAGCAACGCAGAGAAAUGGAUCUAUGAAGGCAAUUGAUGAAGCACUUUUUCCUUUUCAUUUGUUGCACAAACUUUUUGUCCCAGGUGGGGCUGAGGCAUAAUUUCUAGAAUAAGAAGAGUUUAUAAUCUGAUGCCAAACUUGAUGAAUUUUCUAAAGCAAGAA